CGCCAAAGUAACCUAUCGCUCGGCGUGUUUGUUUGUUUCUAAUUUAUUUCUUAUUAUUUAUCAGAUAAAGUGUUAAAAAUCAUCUGAAAGUAUGUCUACGCCAUCCAAGCGCCCGUCGUCGCGUGCGUCGUCAGAUGCCGCGACUCCAUCGCGUAGAACAAGAUCUUCGCAACAGGUUGUGGUACCGGAGACGCCUCAGCGUUCCACUGGGACUCCUUCUAAAGAUGGCACUCCUGGAACCCCCCGUACUCCACGCAGGACUCCGCGGACGCCGCGUGAGGCUCCGGGAACUUCGCCAGCCCGUGCUCUGGUGUCAAGUCCCAUUGGUACUGACAUAGACAUGAGCUCUCCAUUGAACUAUGGGACACCGAGCUCCCUGAGCACUCCGCGGUCCCUCAUGAGAGGGGCCAUGACACCUGCGAGACAGAGAGCUGACCUUAGGGGCGCCCAGAUAGGGCCUAACGUGCCUGCCCCCACACCUACCAGAAGGGCGGAUGAAGCUGCACCAGAAGUGUCAGGCGAACCCCAACUAGUAGUAUGGGGCACGGACGUGGCCAUAGCCGAGUGUCGCGAGAAGUUCGUCAAGUUCGUCCAGCGGUUCGUCGAGCCGGACGCCGUCACCAACGAACCUUUGUACGAACAAAAGCUGGAAGAGAUUCACACAUUAGAAGAGCCGUUUCUGGACGUGGACUGUGAACACGUGAAGAUAUUUGAUCCAAAGCUCCAUCGUCAACUUGUUUGCUACCCUCAAGAGGUGGUUCCGGCUUUCGACGCGGCAGUGAACGAGCUGUUCUUCGAGAAAUACCCGGCUGCGGUACUCGAACAUCAGAUACAAGUGCGCCCCUACAACGCGCCGCAUCGGCAUAUGAGGGACCUCAACCCUGAAGACAUCGACCAGCUGGUGACGAUCUCGGGCAUGGUGAUCCGCACGUCGGGCAUCGUGCCGGAGAUGCGCGAGGCGUACUUCCGCUGCGCCGUGUGCGGCGCGGGCGCGGCGGCCGAGCUGGAGCGCGGCCGCGUGCCCGAGCCGGCGCACUGCGCGCACUGCAGCACGGCGCACUGCUUCCAGCUGCUGCACAACCGCUCGCACUUCAGCGACAAGCAGCUCGUCAAGCUGCAGGAAGCGCCCGACGACAUGCCGGCUGGCCGCACCCCAGCGACGGUGAGCGUGAUGUCCCACGGCGCGCUGGUGGAGGCUGUGGGCGCGGGCGAGCGCGUCAGCGUGACGGGCGUGUUCCGCGCCGCGCCCGCCACGGUGCACCCCCGCAAGGCCACCCUCCGCGCCUUGCACAGGACGCACAUAGACGCGCUGCACUACAGGAAAGUGCACAGCGACCGGCUGCUUGAAACUGAGGACGGCAAAGAGCACAGGUUCCCGCCAGAACGCAUCGAACUAUUCAAAGCGCUGGCUUCCCAGCCAGAUUGUUACGAGCGACUGGCGCGCGCCAUCGCGCCCGCAGUCUACGAAAACCUGGAUAUUAAAAAAGGGGUGCUCUUACAACUGCUUGGGGGCACUAAAAAGAACUUCAACGCUGCAGGGAGAACGCACUUCAGAUCUGAAAUCAACAUCCUGCUGUGCGGCGACCCUGGCACCAGCAAGUCGCAGCUGCUACGCUACGUACACGGGCUGGUGCCGCGCGCUCAGUACACCUCGGGCCGGGGCUCCUCCGCCGUGGGGCUCACCGCCUACGUCACCAAGGACCCCGACACCCGCCAGCUGGUGCUGCAGACGGGAGCGUUGGUCUUGGCUGAUAACGGCAUCUGCUGCAUCGAUGAGUUCGACAAGAUGAAUGACUCUACACGCAGUGUGCUUCAUGAGGUAAUGGAGCAACAAACGCUAUCAGUCGCGAAGGCGGGCAUCAUCUGCCAACUGAACGCGCGCACCUCCAUCCUGGCGGCUGCCAACCCCGCAGAGUCGCAGUGGAACAAGAACAAAACUAUCGUCGAGAACGUACAACUGCCACACACACUUAUGUCCAGAUUCGACCUGAUCUUCCUCGUGCUGGACCCUCAAGAUGAGGUGUUCGACCGCCGGCUGGCCUCGCAUCUCGUCUCCUUGUACUACAAGGACUACACCAAUUCGCAAGACGACCAGGAUAUUGUUGAUAUGAGCUUGAUGCGUGAUUACAUCGCGUUUGCCAAGGAGCACGUGAACCCGAAGCUGAGCGAGCCGGCGCAACAACGACUUAUUGACGCCUAUGUAGACAUGAGGCGCGUAGGCAGCGGGCGCGGCCAGAUAUCCGCCUACCCUCGGCAGCUGGAGUCGCUCAUCAGACUCGCGGAGGCGCACGCGCGCAUGCGCCUCUCACCCGUCGUCGAGAUUCUAGACGUCGAUGAAGCGGCCCGCCUUCACCGCGAAGCCCUGAAGCAGUCAGCCACGGACCCGGCGUCUGGGCGCAUCGACGUGGGCAUCCUGACCACGGGGCUGGGCGCGGCCGCGCGCCGCCGCCGCGCCGACCUCGUGGCCGCCCUCAAGCAGCUCAUACAGCCCUACUCCAAGCCGCACACCCUUACGCACGCCAAGCUGCUGCAGGAAAUUAAUACCAACUCGCAGAUCACUGUAUCCAGAGAGCAAUUGGACGAAGCACUUCGCGACCUCCAGGACGAAGGGAAAGUGGUGAUUGUCAGCCAUACACAUCUCCGCCUAUGCUAACUUGUUUAUGUAGAUCAUAAGUUAUAAGUUGAAUAAUCAUAAGUUCCGUCUAUUGUAUGUUUCCAUUUUUUAUGUGUAAUAAACAAUCGUAUUUUUCAAA